GGUGUCCCACGGUGCCCUGCGCUCAGCCCGCGCGCUCGCAGCUUCUUGCUCUCUCCGUCCGCCCGCCUGCCCGCCCGCUCCCUUGCUAGCUCGCGCUAUCCCUUGCGCUCGCCUCGCGGAUCGCGGUGGUUCUGGCCACAGUCUUCGGCUGGGAAGGGGGACAGAGGCGACGGCUCAGGGGAAUUGAGGCUACAGUGGUGGUGGUAGGAAGAUGUCGGGCGAGGACGAGCAGCAGGAGCAAACUAUCGCCGAGGACCUGGUCGUGACCAAGUAUAAGAUGGGGGGCGACAUCGCCAACCGAGUACUUCGGUCUUUGGUGGAAGCCUCCAGCUCAGGUGUGUCAGUACUGAGCCUUUGUGAGAAAGGUGAUGCCAUGAUUAUGGAAGAGACAGGGAAAAUCUUCAAGAAAGAAAAGGAAAUGAAAAAAGGUAUUGCCUUUCCUACCAGCAUUUCGGUAAAUAACUGUGUAUGUCACUUCUCCCCUUUGAAGAGUGACCAGGACUAUAUUCUCAAGGAAGGUGACUUGGUAAAAAUUGACCUUGGGGUCCAUGUGGAUGGCUUCAUUGCUAACGUGGCUCAUACUUUUGUGGUUGGUGUGGCUCAGGGGACCCAAGUAACAGGGCGGAAAGCAGAUGUCAUUAAGGCAGCUCACCUUUGUGCGGAAGCUGCCCUACGCCUGGUCAAGCCUGGAAACCAGAAUACACAAGUGACAGAAGCCUGGAAUAAAGUUGCCCACUCAUUUAAUUGCACGCCAAUAGAAGGUAUGCUGUCACAUCAGUUGAAGCAGCAUGUGAUUGAUGGAGAAAAGACCAUUAUCCAGAAUCCCACAGACCAGCAAAAGAAAGACCAUGAAAAGGCUGAGUUUGAGGUACAUGAAGUAUAUGCUGUAGAUGUGCUUGUCAGCUCAGGAGAGGGCAAGGCCAAGGAUGCAGGACAGAGAACCACCAUUUACAAACGAGACCCCUCUAAACAAUAUGGCCUGAAAAUGAAAACUUCACGUGCCUUUUUCAGUGAAGUGGAAAGGCGUUUCGAUGCUAUGCCAUUUACUUUAAGAGCAUUUGAAGAUGAGAAGAAAGCUCGAAUGGGUGUGGUAGAGUGUGCCAAGCAUGAGCUGCUUCAACCAUUUAAUGUUCUCUAUGAGAAGGAGGGUGAAUUUGUUGCCCAGUUUAAAUUCACAGUUCUACUCAUGCCCAAUGGUCCUAUGCGGAUAACCAGUGGUCCCUUUGAGCCAGACCUCUACAAGUCUGAGCUGGAGGUUCAGGAUGCAGAGUUAAAGGCCCUUCUCCAAAGUUCCGCAAGUCGGAAAACCCAGAAAAAGAAGAAAAAGAAGGCCUCUAAGACUGCAGAGAAUGCCACCAGUGGGGAAACAUUAGAAGACAAUGAAGCUGGGGACUGAGGUGGGUCCCAUAUCCCCAGCUUGCUGCUCCUGCCUCAUCCCCUUCCCACCACACCCCAGGCUCUGAAGUGCAGUUCGUCUUCUCCACCAGGACCGCCAGCAGAGCAGGGUCUCCCUGUCCCCAUCCCAGUACCCCCACCCAGCCCUUCCAACAACAACCAGCUCCAACUGACUGCUCUUGGGAAGCCAGGCUUCCCAAUACCGAAGACUACUUUAAAUAGAAAAAAAGAAAUGGAAUAAUAAAAUCAGGAGUCAAAAGUCCAUCGUCUUCAAGCCCUCUUUCUAGCCUUUUCUACUACUCUGCUUGGUCAAGGUGUGUGGCCCUGCAGCAGAACAGGGAGGAGGCUAAAUUAGCCACCACCAUUAAAACUUCAGCUGAAAUUUUUUUUUUUUUUAUACCACUCUGAUAUCAGCAUUUUCUCAUCUACUUGGGGCUUUUUUUCCCCCUCUCUUAUUUCCCACUUUGCCCGAGCAUUUUGUCUGCCCUCAAAAUUACUAAAGAGGACCUGUUCUUCAGAUUAUUUUUACCUGUGGCAGAUGCAUCCAUUUGGGCCUUCCUUAGGAACUGAAGUCUCCCUUUUAUGAAGAGAUUCUCAUCUAUCAAGUGGAUCCCCGUUCAAAUGUUUUUUUUUUUUAGUCAUUUUUGUUCUGCAAGAUGUCCCCUCUGUGCACGCACCCCUAAUUUCCACAAAGCGUAAAGAAAUAAUCCAGUUCAGCCUUUACUCCAGUCAGUGGGGGCUUCCCUUGCUCCCUCUUACACAACCUAAGCUGGAAGUUCAACUGUGGUUUAUACCCUGUUUGAACUAUCUUGACCUCUCUCCCUGGAAAGAAAACCCAGAAACCAGAGGAGUACACUGAAGAGUCAACUCCUAGCCUUCUGAAGCUGUGGACUUAGGAUUGGAUGAGUUGCUAGGGGUUUUUAGACCUGACAAAAUUGAAUACCUCUGGCAUGCUGGCUGACCCAGGGAACUAGGGCUCCCACUAACUUAGGAGGUUUUUAAGAUGACAUUAAAAUAAAUUUGGAUUUGCUCAUAA